UGUGUUUCUGACUUUCUGACGGCCACUGAGGUGUGUAUGUGUGUGUGUGUGUGUGUGUGUGUGUUUCAGUCAGGAGCUCGCUUUAAAGAUGUCACACACACGCUGAUUCACACUCGGAUGGAAAUGAAAGCAGAGUAAAAUGGGAAUCCUGACGGUUUGGCCGUCUGGCGUGGGCCAGACCGGAUGAGCCUGAGAUCAGACCCAGUGAACGCUUUUCUGGAGUAUCGCUGAAGAGGACCUGUGGCCCAGGUUCACACCGCACUCGACAGAGUGGAGCUUCCUCACCCAUGGAGAAUUACUUCCAGGCUGAGGCCUUUAACCUGGACAAAGUGCUGGACGAGUUCGAGCAGAACGAAGAUGAGACGGACACCCCUGCACUCAGCGACGCCAAGUGGACGCAGAUUCUCGCUCCACCAGCUCACCUUUUGUCCCUGAACCCUGCCUUGACUCACGCCGAGCUCAGUCCACGUGACAGCCAACUCAGCUUCAAGCCUCUUCUAGAACCUUUGAGUAGUGGGAGCUCUUCUGUGGUAGAGGUAACAGUGCCUGAUGUGAAACAAGAACCAGAAUCGUGGAGCGAGGAGAGGCCAGUGGAUAUCCACAGUCCUCCUUUGCUCCAGCCCAACAUCGGGAAGCUGGUCAGCACUGACGGUCAAGCCCUGGACUCUCCUUCUGCCUACUCCUCUAGGCCGACGAUUGAGAACGGAUGUCCGUCCAAACUAGACUGCAGUGGAGUAAGUGAGGUUCCUGAGUCGGAGCAUGAUCUGAGUCCUCCCUCAACGGAUUUAUCUAGUAUCCCAGACUUGAGUGCUGGAGAACAAAGCCAACAGCGCAUUGAUGUUCCUGAUCAGGUCGAUUCAUGCUUGAAGGAUAUUUGUUGUUUGAAUCCCCAGGAAGGCCUUGAUCGAGCAGAGUCGGGCUUGAACAAUGGUGCGUUGUCGGGUGAAAUGGCGUCUGAGGGCAUCGAGGAAAUUGGUGGAACGGACUAUCAUCUUGCUUUACCAAAGGGGGACAGUUCUGAGAAAGGAGAGUAUGUUCUGGAAGGUCUUGGUAGUGGCACUCAGGAACUUGCAGUCAACCAAGAGUGUGACCCUACAAGCACUGUUCCAAAUGGUACCGUCAAGAUCAAAAGCCUUGAACACGACAACUUGUUCUCAAAAGAAAAAGAAACAAAGAGACAGAAUUUGGAUGUUGCAUCCCCACAGGAUGGGAGAUCUCAUUCCAAUGGCCUGGUUGAAGAAGGCGAAGGAGAACAACCAAGCCAUCCCCCUCCAUCCCUUUUAAAGGAAGACUCAAUAACCGAGGAGAAGGAGAUGGAGGAGAGCAAACAGGAAUGCUCAGAGUCCAGCCGAGGCCCCGAGUCGAGCUCCAAACUCAACAACGGUCGAGUACAACUGGUCAGCGUUCCUUACGGUGGUGCAAGACCCAAACAGCCCGUCAACCUAAAGCUGCAGAUCCCUCGAUCUUUCCCAGAUCAAGUCCAAAACGAACUUGGCCCCACUGGCAGGAAUAAGAACCUGGAGGCCCAGUGCAGGUCAGGCGGCCUCGAGUCGACGUGUGGGGGAACGGAAUCUAGGGUUGCUCAAAUCAAUGGAGAGAGCGGAGAUGGUUCCACAGGCUUGCACACGCCCUCUGAGAACCCUGACAACGAUCUCCAGGCAGGACAGCAGGGCACGCUUGCGAGGAAACCCUUCAGCUCGCUCGGGGAAGUGGCUCCAGUGUGGGUGCCAGACUCUCAAGCACCCAUCUGCAUGAAAUGCGAGGUCAAGUUCACGUUUACGAAGAGACGGCACCACUGUCGGGCCUGUGGCAAGGUCUUCUGUGCCGCAUGCUGCAGUCUAAAGUGCAGGCUGAUGUACAUGGACAGGAAGGAGGCGCGCGUCUGUGUGACGUGUCAUCACACCUUAACCAACGCUCAGGCGUGGGAGAGCGCGGGGAACGGCUCCGGUCAGAGUCCGAACCCCAACAAUCCGGCGGAGUACUGCUCCACCAUCCCCCCUCUGCAGCAGGCCCAGGCAUCCGGCGCCCUCAGCUCUCCGCCUCCCACCGUCAUGGUGCCCGUCGGGGUCCUCAAACAGCCGGGCAAUGAGGGUUCACUGUCUCGUGAGCAGAGAAGAGUCUGGUUCGCUGAUGGUCUUUUACCCAAUGGAGAAACCACAGACUCCUCCAAAGAACCUGCUCCGAACCCGAAUGCAUCCCCGUCCCAACCCCCGACCGUGUCCCAGGUCUCCAACAAAUCCACAACCAGCACUCGUGAGGCGGCCCGCGCCCCCGGAGCUCCAGUGGGAAGCUCGGUCAGUCUGAUCCCAGAGGACGGACUUCCUCCCAUCCUCAUCUCCACUGGAGUUAAAGGAGGUACGGGAGGCCACAUCGCAGAUUACGCGGUGGAGGAAAAGCCCUCGGAGGUCCUGCUCCUUCAGCAGCUUGAGGAAGGAGGUCCCGAGCCGCUGGUGUUUGUGCUGAACGCUAACCUGCUCGCCAUGGUGAAGCUCGUCAACUACGUAAACAGGAAGUGCUGGUAUGUGAUGUCGAAGGGCAUGCACGCGGUGGGCCAGGCCGAGGUGGUGGUGCUGCUGCAGUGCCUCCCCGACGAGAAGAGCAUCCCGAAAGACAUCUUCAGCCAUUUUGUGCAGCUUUAUCAGGAAGCUCUGGCAGGAAACGUGCUGAGCCACCUGAGCCACUCGUUCUUCACGCAGAGUUUCCUGGGCAGUAAGGAGCACGGCGGGUUCCUCUACAUCACCCCGACCUUCCAGUCGCUCCAGGACCUCCUGCUGCCCAACCCGCCCUUCCUGUUCGGGAUCCUGGUGCAGAAGUGGGAGACGCCGUGGGCGAAGGUGUUCCCCAUCCGCCUCAUGCUGCGGCUCGGGGCCGAGUACCGCUUUUAUCCGUGUCCGCUGUUCAGCGUGCGCUUCAGGAAGCCUCUGUUUGGAGAAACCGGUCACACCAUCAUCAACCUGCUGGCGGACUUCAGGAACUAUCAGUACACCCUGCCUGUGGUCCGAGGUCUGGUGGUGGACAUGGAAGUGAGAAAAACCUGCAUCAAAAUCCCCAGCAACCGCUAUAACGAGCUCAUGAAGGCCAUGAACAAGUCGAACGAGCACGUGCUGGCGAUGGGGGCGUGUUUUAACGAGCGGGCCGACUCGCACCUGGUGUGUGUGCAGAAUGACGACGGGAACUACCAGACGCAGGCCAUCAGCAUCCACCACCAACCUCGCAAAGUAACGGGAGCGAGUUUCUUCGUCUUCAGUGGAGCUCUGAAAGCCUCGUCUGGGUUUUUGGCCAAGACCAGCAUCGUUGAAGACGGCGUGAUGGUGCAGAUCACAGCAGAGAUGAUGGAGGCGCUGCGUCAGUCUCUAAGAGAGAUGAAGGAUUUUACCAUCGUGUGUGGAAAAGCCGAUCAGGAGGAGACGCAGGAGAACGUCUACAUCCAGUGGACAGAGGACGACCUGAACUUCAACAAGGGAGUGAUCAGUCCGAUCGAUGGAAAAUCCAUGGAGUCUAUAACGAGCGUAAAGAUUUUCCAUGGAUCUGAGUACAAAGCCAACGGGAAGGUCAUCCGCUGGACCGAGGUGUUUUUCCUCCAGAGUGAGGACCAGCCUAACGGGGACCCCGCGGAUCACAGCCGCCUGACGGAGAACGUCGCGAGAGCUUUCUGCAUGGCUCUGUGUCCUCACCUGAAGCUCCUGAAGGAGGACGGCAUGGCCAAGCUCGGGCUCCGCGUCACGCUGGACUCGGAUCAGGUGGGCUACCUGGCGGGCAGUAACGGUCAGCCCUUGCUCCCUCAGUACCUGAGCGAUUUGGACAGCGCCCUGAUCCCAGUCAUCCACAGCGGGGCGUGUCAGCUGACCGAGGGUCCCGUGGUCAUGGAGCUCAUCUUCUACAUCCUGGAGAUCAUCUCCUAGUGGAGGUUCUCCUCCUGAAAUGAACAUCAACCUCAUCUCUCCUCCUCUCUCUCUGUCUCUCUCUCUCUGUCUCUCUUUAUCUCUUUCUCUCUAUCUUUCUUUUUUUCAUUUGCACUUCAAAGGAGCGGCGUUCCAGCAGAUCACCUAUGCACCAUUUUUACACAUGAACCAUCUCCAAACAUCUCCACGGGAGCCACGGGUUCCACCAGUCUCAGAGUUUUGGUGCUUUUUUUCUCUCCACUGUGGAAAUCUCUGGGAAACACUGCUGGGAACAGGAAAGAGAGAGAGAUCUCUGGAGGUCUUUGAUCUUAAUGGAUGGAAGAUGGAGUUCUCGGAGCGUUCGGGUUCUCGGAGGAACCCUGCGAGGAGGCGUGUACAGAAAGUAAAAAAAAAAAAAAAAGAAGAAAGAAAUGUUACGUUACGUUUCUUUUGAUAACUAAUGAAACUGAGAGGAUUUGGGAUUUAAAAUAUCAGGAGCAUCCAAAACUUUAUUUCAACCUGAAUAAGUAUUUAACACUAAAAAUGUUUGUAUAUAAAUUCAGUACAGAAUUAUACAAGAUUUCCAGCUAGCUAAAAUGCUACCUGCUAGCAACUUUUUAAAGGAGCAGUUUGUAAUUUUGUGUUUUUUUUUUUUUUUUUUUUCUUGUUUGGCUUUUGUUUACAUUUUUCUGGCUUGUGUGUUGGCUCCGCCCCCACAUUGGAACACAUCUUGCCCUGGACCCUUUGUUUGCGGUGUGUGUGUGUGUAUGGGCGUGUGUGUGUUGUGGGUUUGGUACAUAAAAGGUUUAAUGAAAACGUCUCAUUUCAAUGAUAUUGUAAUCGCACACCACUUUACAGACAGCAGGGGGCGACAAACUGCACCUUUAACUUAAUGCUAUCAUGUUAAAUUGCUGCUUUUUUUAAAAAUAUUAAACUAUUUAACUUUAUAUAUUUUAGCAGUUGUGACUUAAUAUUUCCGGUGGGCGGAGCUUAAGUUAAACAUAGCGACUCGAUUGGAAGCAAGGUCAUGUGACUUUAUCUUAGGCCCUUCUUUAACCUUUUGUUAAACUUCUGUAAUUGUUUUGUUGUUUCAUCCCGACGUAGCUUUUUGGCUAGCGUUUGGCUACCAGUUUUGGCUACCAGUUUUGAUUACACGACAUACCAGCAUUAGCGUUUAGCAUUUAGCACGUACAGUUAGCAUGUUUCUUUACAAGCCAGCUUGCUGACGUUAUGUAGCUGUUACAUUGUAAAAUGAAAUCCAGUAGCUUGUAGCUGUCAUGUAAGCAAGCUGAUCAAAUAGGCUGCUCAUAGCUUAAGCUCCGCCCCCUAUCGAUGCAGAAUUGCGUGAGAGUCGCAGAAAAACCUUAGCUUUAGCAGGUUUUUGAAAGUCUUGCUCAAUUAAUAAUUGUCUCAAAUCCGUCUCCUUUCAUUGGUUCUUGCACCUAAGCCAAACAGAGAGCUGUGUGCUGGGGGCGGGGUUAAAGUCGCACAAGACUUUAACGAGAGCAGGACGUCCUGCGUGGAGUGACGCAUUUACAGUUAGCUUUAAUCACCGGAUGCUUUAUUUCAACAGUCUGGACUUUGUUUUUGUUGUUUGUUUGUCUGUAACUGAAACUCCUCCCAAGCCGAAGCGAUGUAGCUGAAGCGCCAGAGCGUGAACGGCGAUGCGAGUGGAUGUCUGUUACAGAGACGCUGAUAGAAACAGAAGCAGAAGGGUUUAGCGAAUCGAAGCCCAAACCCUUUACUGCGCCGUUGUUUGCUAAUCAGACAUUCUCUGCGCCCUUAAAUCAUAUAAUGUGCAGCUAUAAUUAGCUCCCUUGCUAACCCAGCUAGUUCUCCAGUGUUGUAUCUGGCUCAUGUCUCAUGCAGAUCAUGACCGUUAGCUCGGCAGUAACGAAACGGGGGGCGCUUUACAACCCGGGACUGAGUGAAUAAAAGUACGAACGCAAACGAGGUGAUCACAUGAUCAGAACGCAGAUUCAGUCGUCUGUCAUCAGAGGAAAAAGACUUUUAAUUUGUAGAGAAAGAGAACUGCACUGGGAUUAAAGCCAUCGUACGGAAGAAAGCGCCCUAAUCAUGUGACCAUCAGAAUAACUUUGACUCAAAGCACGCAUUAAUGCGGAUUACGUCGCUUUGAUCAGCUGCAACACGUUUAGAGAGCGACUGUGGAAAAUGUCUUAACACAAUGGACGUCUUUUUUUUAUUUUUUUUAUUAUUUUCCCUUAGAGAAACGUGACAAGUUUUACAAUGCAGUUGGACUGAAAAGUGAUGAAAGGUGAAAAAAUAAACGGAUUUGGGAAUUCGAGGGGUUUGAGUGGAUCACGAGAAGCCUUAAAGGUCACGGGUGAGAUACAGCCGACCAAUCAGAAUUGAGGAUUCGAAUCCGACGCUGUGUUCAUGUAAAACUGAGACUGAACUGCGCUUCGGGAAAAUUCCCAAAAAGCAAAGCAGUUAUUUAAGAUUGUGCUCACUUUAUCGUCAAGGUUUCAUUUGUUUGUUUGUUUGUUUGUUUGUUUGUUUUACAUGGUCUGGAUUUGUGUGUUUGUUUUUAAAAACCUCCCUGGGUGACCUGAGUUUGCAGCUCUGUUACACAACCAUGUGGUGAUGAGUUUAUUCUUCUUAGAGCGGCGCUUGACAUACAAACUUUGACCGCGUUCGUCUUCUUUCUCUUGAUGCAGCUCAAAGCAACACUGUUACUGUUCAGAUCUUCUUUUUCAUUAAUUAUUUCCUCUAUAAGAAUGUUUAUGCAGUGUGUAUUUUUUUUUUCCUCUUUUUCCUUUGUGUUAAACUGCAUGUGUGACGAUUACAGAAAGUCUGAGACGACGUUAGGCAGUUGACCGACGUACAAACAAGGGAUGAGAAAAUGUUCUGAGAGCAAACGAAGUGAUGUUAAACUCUGACGUGGGUCAAAUAUUUUCAUGUGUAAAAACUGAGAAGCCAAAAAGAAGCUUUGAUCUGAUGUUUUUUUUUUUUUUUUUUUUUGUUAAUAAAAGUGAGACUUUAUGAAAAAGCUGGUAUUAUAUGUCAAAAAAAAGCCGUCUGAACUGCU